GGUCUAAUAGCCAAGGAAUGCCGCUUCAAACCACUCCCGAUCUCUACCACAAUCGAAUGUUCGCAUUUCGAGAAUCUGAAGAUGCCCAUCUUGAAAUCUAAUAUCAUAAUCAGCCACCAAAAUGUUCCCUACCGCGUGGCGUGAAGCCACUUGGUCGAGCGAGAGCGGUGAUUUGCUGGCGUGAACGCUACUCUCUGAAGCUGAGAGUGGUGGUUCAGCUGCUGAGCUAUGUGUCCGGGAAUAUGUUGCAUCCCAAGAAUAUAUCUCACUAUCAUCAUUGUUCUCAUGUUGAACUUUCGUAUUUGCAUUCGUACGCCUAGGACUAUUUAAAGUGAGUCAGAUGGCGACCUCCGCCAGCUGGAUGCCCACUGUACUCAAUGGUCCCACCUUGACUGCACCUCCUCAUCUGCAAGCGACCAACUCACUAUCACCACCCUAUGCACCCGAUGCCGCUCAAAAUGACUUCAAUUCCCUGUACGUGGCUUCGGACGCGAUUUGCCUUCAAGCUUAUGGAGAACUCAAAACAAAGGCGCCAAAUCCAUUGGUUCAAUCACCUGUUCUCUUCGAGCCACAAGGGAUGGGGAUCGGGCAUUUAUUCGCGGUUGCAGUGACACGAAACGCCGUUGAACAGGUGGAGAAGAUUAUCGCCUCCCCUGGGAUGCAGAAUCUACUUGAGCCCACUUCCACAUUCAAUCCGCAUCUGCUCUCCAUUAACGAUACGGCGGGUAAUUGGUUCUCACUUCCACGGUGGGCAUCGGUGAAUGCUUCGGUGGAGAUGCUGCGGUGCAUUUUCACUCCUCAAACCGCUGGCCUGAAAGUGUUCGAUGUAAACGCUGUUGACUGGUUUGGUUUCACAACUCUCGAGAGCGCCCUUCAGCUCCAAGCACCGUCUCAAGUCCCCAAAAUUGAGUAUCUGCUCGAUCAUCCCGAUAUUCAGACAAGUAUACUCAAACCAUCGACAUUACAAUAUGCCAUAGAGUUCUGUGAAAUCGGGAAUGGCGUGGAUGAGUCGCUUGUUGAGAAAUUCCUGGAAAAGGGAGCAAACAUUGAUUUGACAGGAUGCUCUUACGGAACGUAUUUUGAGGCCGCAUGUUUCUUUUCAAGUACCGCGUUGAUACACAAGCUCAUCUCGAAGUCUACUUCCAAGGUUACGACCCUGAAUAAUGGCGGGGCAAAGUACGGAAGCUUCUUGCAGGCAGCAGCUUGCCUCGGUAGACUGGAUGUUGUCCAACACCUGCUUACUCUGGACGAGGUUGAUGUAAACCAGACUGGAGGUAUUUAUGGAAGCGCGCUUGCAGCAGCAGCAAAAGCUGGGUGGCGUGAUAUACGAGACCCAUACACAGCAGAUCCGAAAACCAGAUGGCGCUGGGGUGCUUUCAUCACAGUUCACGGACCCGAAGAUGUCUCGCAGGCCUAUUUGGAGAUCGUGAAGACAUUGAUCAAACAUGGGGCCAUUGUCUCUCGAGGAGAGGGCAUCUUCUACAAUUCGAUCGGAGCUGCUGUUUAUUCUUCAUAUCCCCCAAUCGUGGAGCUACUUCUCCAGAAUGAUAACGAUUCCGAAAUCGAGCAACAACGCAGGCAUUCGGAAGCAGUGACAGCGGCAGCUUUCCAGCAAGAAUCUGCAAAUGCGUCUUCAAUCCUGGAACUGCUGAUGACUUCAGGACAUGGAAACCCCAAUCGCUAUUCCGAAUGGAUGAAAGGAAUCUACCCUCUUGAGUUGGCCGUGCUAUUUCGGAAUCUCGCUCAUGUCAGAUUUCUACUUGACCAUGGAGCAGAUCCACACUUGGAGGGAAUUGGUGGCCCGCUGCGUGUGGCGAUUCUCCAAACACAACAACAAGGCCCCGAGAUGGCUUCUACGACAGCGAAGCUGAUUCUAUCACAUAUGAAUCUCAAGUCACCUAGUCUCACGGCUCGGGACAGUCAAUACUGCAACAUUUUACACAUGGCGGUGCUUUAUGGACUCAUAGAUGUAGUCCAAAUUCUCCUAGCAAAUGACGUUCGUUGCGAUGUGAAAGAUCUGGGACAGAGAACUGUUCUGCACAUCGCAACUCUACAAGGGAACACAGCCAUGAUCAAAUUGCUUCUGGAGAGUGGGCGUCUUGACGAUGAAUUGAUUGAAGCUGAGGACGCUUGGGGAAGAACGGCAUCCCAGAUUGUGGAGGAAGAAAGCAGGAAGGCGAGGGAAGUUGCAGAUAAAUCGCGUUCCACAUUUAGCACCUAUGUUCACAACCACCAAGUCAACCAGAUUGCAAUGCAAUGGUCGGAAAUUCGGCGAAUCAUGAAGCCUCUUGAAGACAAGGCGUUGGCAGAUCAGGAAAAUCUACAUAAUCGCGGCGUUCGGUUCCUCGGACCCAAAGCCAAUGUCCUUCAGCAGUUCAAAGCUCCCACAGCAAAGCCAGUGACCACGAUCUUACCGCGAGGCUCAGGUCUGGGAUUUCAGGCAACUAUCGUCGACUUCAGUAUCGAUGACAAGUGGGCGUGUGAAGCGCAUCAGAUCCGCCAUCCUUUGAUUGAUGAAAUCUUGUAUUCUUCUAGCCCUCGUGAUAUCAUGGCACGCGGAAAUCCACCGGCGGCGCCUAUGCUCCAGACCAGCGUGCCGCUCCUAUCGAGCUCAGUGCCUGCGCCAGCUGUACAAACCCAAGCUUUACCACAGCUACCUUCAAUGGAGUCUCCCGAGUACGUAGAUCCAAAGUUCCGGUGGAUCCAUCUACCAACAAACAAUAUGGCAUGGGUUGAGGAUCUGGUCAACAAUAUGAGACAGAGGCAGCAGGUUCCUGCUCCAGCAAUCAGCAGAGAGCUAUGGGGAGUGGAUUUGCAAUCGACUUCUCCGGGCUCAGCACCGCACACUUAUUCCAUUACCCCUCAAUGCAAACUCUUGAACGCAGACGCUGUGUCAAUGACGCAAGAAGCAUCAAAACAGACACGUCCAUUCUUCAUUUGUCUGCCGUACAUCCACUGGGAGAGAAGUCAAGGCCAUGAAAACAUGACCAGGAUAUUGGAGGGGACACCACUCACUGGUAUUAGGCUACCGAACGACACAUUGAACAACACGAAUCGGAUCAAGCUGGGCGAAACAGUUCUUGAGGAUGACCCUUCGGACAUACUCCUCAACACAUAUGUCGGGAAGAGCCCACCACUGCAUAUUCGACGUACACUUGACCAAUACUAUUACUCCAAGUUGAAGGACACUCAGAUUAGGGACCGCGAUCAAGUGGUCAACAGAGCACGCGACGAGAAUCUCAAACUACAAUACUUGGCCAAGGACGAAUCGAGGUUCCCAAAAUGGGUGAGUGAUGUCAAGGAGUGUGAGAGAACACUGUUGCAGAAACGUCCCAGGAUGAAUCCAGCUGUGGAAGGAGAGGAGAGCAGUAUGGAAGAACUUACCCAAGCAAUAAAGUACCUUGACAGAGUUGAAAGACGCAUCUCCGAAGCGUUAUCUGGGGCAAAUGAUGAGAACAUCAGGCAAGCUCUUCAUGCUACGCUUGGCGACAGUCCCAUCAUCAUGGUAGAUCAGCUGUGGCUAUGGGUUCUAGACGACAACACUGUCAUUACUAGCUUCUCUGCUCGGAGACAAAACGAACAUGAACCCGACAUUGCGGAUUAUCUGAAAGUCGAUCCCGAGAUGAGAAUAGACCCGAAAAACAGAACGGAUAUUCUGAGAUCCAUAUCCAAGCACUUACGGACAGUUGCACGAGACCCGGUGCUGACCCCAAGGGAUCUGGUCAAUCUGAUUGUCUCUCAAUGUCUGGGGAUCCUGCUAGAUCACAAGAACAGACUCGAAGAACUAGACUUUCUGACCACCUUCAGCACGCAAACUUCAUCUGUACUGGACAAAACUGCCAAACUCCUUAACCUCUUCGUCAAAACCUUUGAGCGCUACGGCAACAAAUCCGAAAUCCCCGGUGACGUCUUCGAGACCAUCUUCAGCGUCACGAAGGAGACGCUCCUCUUCCGCGAGGUUCAAGACAUACGGGACGAGCUCGGGAUGCUCUCUGCCCUCUUCCUGGACCAGCUGGGCGUCCUUGCCGAUGCGGAGAAAGUCCUGUACCAGGAGGAAGUGGCGAAAAACAAAGACUUAGAUGAUCAGGAUAAGUUCCAGGUUGAGGGAACGCCGUUGGGGCUCGCGCGUGCGAGGGUGAUGAAGCAUUGGAGGGAUGUGGAGCGGAUGGAGGGCCAGGCGAGGCAGGCUUAUGAGAUGCUGAAGGACCUGCUCGACUUGAAACAGCAGCAAGCAAAUGUUCUCGAGGCUCGACAGUCUCGGAAGCAGGCUGUGAUUGCUGCUAGGCAAGGCAAAGUCGUCCUCGUCUUCACGGUCGUGACGAUCGUAUUUCUCCCAUUGACCUUCAUGACUACUAUAUUCACUCUCAAUGUGUCGACAUUCCCGCGCGAGAUCGUACCCGCAACCGACAUCCUUCCCGCAUCGACAACCCUGAAUGGCCGCUAUGUCUUUCCCUUGAUAGUGGGCGUCACAAUCGCCAUGGCAGUCCCGCUCGUCUUCAUUGCAUUCAAAGUCGACGUGGUUUCUGCCCACAUCUCAAGAUUACCCAUGUACAGAAAGUUCUUCAAAGUCCAGGAUGAUGAGGACUGAAAAGGUUUGGGUAGCGGUGUAGCUAUCAAGUCGAUUUCACCGGUGUGCUGACUUUCUUGUGCUUUUCGUCAUCAUCUCCUUUGGGUUUGGAGUGGGUGGGAAGUCUAGGGUUGGAGUCCUGAGUAUGUAGGAAAUGCACAGGGUGUGAAAUGAUAAUUACUGUAAUGAUACAGAUUUGCGUUUGGGAGUGGAUCCGUAAAUGAACCAUUAUCGUCACAUUACCUUUGUCGACGACGAUCCCACCCACCAGCGUCUGAGCAAACUGAUAUGAAGGCAGAAUGGAAAGCAAACUAUAUAUUCUCGAGCUUGUUAUGUUAAUUGAAAUUCUGUUUGUACUGUA